AUGCAUUCCCAGACCAUCAUCAUCACGACCCUGGCUCUCGCCAUCGCCGCCUCGGCGAAACCAAAAGCCACACCAUGCACCAUCACAUCCACCUACACUGAGUCAGAAUGCUGCCCCCAGUAUCCAGCGCAGACCGAAUGGAUCAUCUCCAACUGCAAAGGCUGCCAGCUGCACACCGAGACGGUCCCACUCAACUGCUUCGCCCCCCUGCGAGGCCUCGCCAACUACUGA